AUGUCUGAAUAUAUUCAUUCAAUUGAACUUAUUCAAUCUUUCUAUGGUCUUAAUAAACGUUUUAAUAAUUUGAUCUUGAUUCAUCCUCAAACUUUUGGUCUUGAUUUUCGAUCAACAUCUAAACAAGAUUUUGAUAUUGUUUCUCAAUUAUAUCUUCAACGGGUUAAACAUCGAAUUUUUUCACUUAAACUUUCAAAUGAUGAUGAUGAAACUCCUGAAC